CGUUGGCAGGGGGCGCUAAGAACGCGCGCGCCGCGCCGCAUAGCAGUACAUAAAUUGCUUACUCAACUCGCAUGACUGGGUGUUAUGGCGCUGUCAACAAGAAAAUUCCUUGUGUGUCGUUCAUAGCAGCCAGAUAAGGCAUACUCGACUCAUAGCUCGUGGGUACGCAUCGUGUCGUGUAUUACCGUUUUACGAAAGUAGUUUGCUAUUUCCAAGCGUACGUUUCCUGUCGCGAACGGCAGAUACUGCAGAGCAUUUUCGACUGGACGACCCGAUUAUCUGCAGGCAGCAUGAACGAAGUUACAUUAUUGUUGCUCCUAUUUCUUCGUGAGCGGAUGCUGUGCUGCCCCAUGCCAGGACUGCCAAGAAACGGAGUGUUCGCACGAGGAGAGAAGAUGCCGAAAAAUGUCACUGCUGGCAUGGCGGUCACGUACGCCUGCAACGAGGGCUUCCUGAUGCUGGGCAGCAACCGUCGUGUGUGCUCGGCCGACGGCAACUGGCAUCCACGAGGCCUGCCUUACUGCGUCAUAGAUGUCGCGGCGACCAAGGCGGUGUCUUCGUCGGAGCCGCGAAGCGACCCAAACCUGGCGAUGGACAGGAACCGAACGACAUGCAGUGAUACGCUCAGGCAUUUGUCGCCUUGGUACCUCGUGGACUUGCAGCAGGCGCUGCCCAUCAGCGUGGUGAAGCUUGACUUGCCAGCUUCUGCCGUCACGGCUUCGGUGAUGGUGCGCGUCGGCAACUCGUCCACGGCGUUCGAGAACAUGGUGUGUAGCGUUUUCGAAGGGGCUCUGGAGCCCGGUCGUUCCCUGUACUUGCCCUGCGUCUCUGCACACAGCGGUCGGUACGUCAGUGUCCACAUGAACGAAUUCGGCUCGCUAUCCAUCUGUGAAAUUACCGUCUAUUCCGAAAUAGUCGACGUCGAAGGCUCGGAGGCUACCACCGUUUACUCGUCUAACUCAACAACCCAGCCGCCCACACAAAGAGGUCACGUGCUGGGAACUAAGGGACUGACUGGCAUAGGCCUCGGAGCAUUCGUGCUACUUGCCCCCGUAUGUUGCUGCUGUUGGUGCCAGCGUUGUACGAAAUGUUGCUGCAAGAAAUCUAAGGCCAGAAGAGAGGUGACAGGCGUCGACAACAGCGUGUUCGUGUUAUGCGACGGCCCUAUGGAUCGCAGGUACGCGAAUGCGUGGAACAACCUCGGUCGCGAUGGCACGGUUCCCACCGGAGCGAGUGGUGUCACCGCGAGGUUAAAAGACGUUCGCGUGGUGUGUCCAGCAGACAGCUUCUCCGACGUCGACCUAAACAGCCCGUAAGUCGUGCAUCAAGUUGAUUAGGAUGCAUGACGAAAAGUGCAAGUUAUUUGUUGUCAGCUUUCGCUGGACUCUACUUCCGCCAACUGCGUUACGUUCAUUUUAUUCCCAUUUCUUCAUGCCAUUCUUGUGGGGUCAAACGCGUGAAGAGAGUUGUCGUAGCAGAAGCUCCGAAUUUUGCGUGUGGCAGAUUUUUAUUGCAGUUUUUUAGCGCAUACUCAUUUUGUUCAGCAUACUGUAUUUUAUUCAUUCUGAUUAGACGGUGGGGUGGCACUCGUAUUGCUUUGUACAGUUACCACGAGAAGUUUUAAUCUGUUUUUGUGCUGUUUCGUUUUGUUGUGCCACACAACAUUGCAUCUUGGAAUAAAACAUGGUGCUGAUUCUCGA